AUGAUUUCUACCUCCAACUUCGCCAUUUUUGCUCUCCUUGGGAAUGCCUUUGCCCUUCCGAGUCCCAGAACUACGAAGCUACCGAUUGAAGCUGGUUGUGGAGAGCUCAAUGUGUUCUACACGGGGUUUACCGCCUAUCAUCCCUACGUAGCUGCCCAGAACUUCUCGCUCGACGAGGUUGACAAGGGCUUGCGACACGGUGCUGCCGACCUCGUCAAGGCUGGUUUCAAUGUCCACGGUGACCACCCAAUACCACAUCUUCGCCCAGACCAGCUCGUCUAA